AUGCCUUCGACCCUUCCGGACGCUAGCGCUACAAUGUGGCCUCCUGGUACAAUUCGCCUUGCUGAUGUAAAUGCGUCCGGCGGGGAAACGGUCAUUCUGCAGCCGCGACCCUCAGAUGAUCCUAAUGACCCUCUCAAUUGGAGCCCAUGGCGUAAAUAUGUGAACAUGGGCUUGGCCUGCUUUUAUGUUGCUAUGGCUGCCGAGUUUAUCAACGCCAAUACGCCAACAUGGGAUCCCAUGGAGACACAGCUCGGUUUUACCGACGAGAUAUUGAAUGACAGUUAUGCUGCUGGUUGCGCUGCUUUAGCAGUAGGCUCCGUUAUCUUGAUUCCUUUUGCACUCAAGUAUGGCCGCCGACCGCUGUAUGUGGUUAGCACAGUAGUCCAGUUUGCUGUCAGCAUUUGGUCUGCCAAGAUGCAAACUGUGGGAGACCUUAUGGGGAUCAAUGUCAUACAAUGUUUCUUCGGGAGUCUAGCCGAGGUCAUCGUCCAGAUGACUAUUGCGGAUCUCUUUUUCGUGCAUCAGAGAGGAAGAAUGAAUGCUCUUUAUGUUUGGACGUGGCUUCUUUCUAGUUACCUGGGUAUAUUGAUUGCCGGUUUUGUUGCCAGUGGUUUAGGAUGGAGAUGGAUAUGGUGGUUGAAUGCUAUUGUUUUCGGUGUGGCAAUCUUUGUUGUCGGCUUCGCGUUCGAAGAGACUAAGUACUGUCCACCGGUGUCUCUGACUUCGAUGAGUGUGCAAACUCCGGGCAACCUUCAAGACCGGAUUGUCAACAAAGGCGACCCAGAGAACGAGCAGUCAGUCGAAACAAAGCAAAUAUAUGGGGACCAGACAGCCAUAGACAUAGCCUCGAUUAAACCAGGGGAUGAAAUAGUAUCUCAUGGCGUCAGUGCGGUCGAGAUCAACCCCAAUAUUCCCUUGAAGGGAUAUUGGCAAAGACUCGCUUUACUAACUACCACCCCAUCGUCUACUGCUGUGAACGAGUCUUUCUUUCAACACAUUUACCAACCUCUUCUUAUACUCGUGACAAUUCCCGCAGUAUCUUGGACGUCACUGGUUUAUGGCAUCUUGGUGGCACUGGGAGAUGUCAUGUCCACCACUAUGUCAGCCUACCUGCCCGAACCUCCUUAUAACUUCUCUACAUACGAGGUUGGCCUCAUGAGCCUACCAAGGGUGAUUGGAGUGACUAUCGGUGCACUGGUUGUUGGCCCAUUUAGCGACUGGUGGAUCAUCUUUCUCUCUCGCCGACGUAACGGAAUUUACGAACCGGAGAUGCGUCUAUGGUGCAUGAUUCCCUUCCUGCCUUUUGUCGUGGCAGGUGCUCUUCUAUUUGGUAUCGGACUUAAUGGCCAUCAAUCAUGGCCCGUUAUUGCCGUCGGCUUGGUGUUGUACAACAUCGGUGUCACUCCAAUAAAUACGCUAACAAUCACCUACUUGACUGAUUCAUAUAAAGAUAUAAUUGGAGAUGCAUUAGUAGGAGUUACAUUUACUCGCAAUGCGUUCAGCGCCGCUUUUAUCUUUGCACUCACGCCAUGGAUUGACAAGGUUGGUCUCGAGAACACGUUCAUCACUAUCCUGGUGAUUGCAGUUGCCAUCCUGAUGGUGUUUGUCGUCUUUCUGCGAUAUGGAAAGGCACUUCGACGCAUUUUCGCUUCUCGAUAUCUGCACUAUUCAGGCCUGCAGGAUAAAGGAAGGGGGGAUCCAUAA